AUGACGUCUCUGAUUUAUAAGCCAUAUUGCCGCGCUGUUCACUCUGAGUUCAACAAGUUGCCCUCUGAUUUGCAUCCAACAGUAGGCAGACACAGUCCUCUUCUCUUGGGAUCUUCAAAGUCUAGAAGGGAAGAUGUGGUCCACUCGUAUAUAUCAUCUUUGGCACGUUUUUCUAGAGCUCAUGCUGACGAAGGCCGUGCUGUGCUGAACUCCUGGAGCGCCGGCGCAUGUAAGCAAGACCGACGUCCUGAUCCUCUCAUUCGCGAAUCUGGAUUCGAAACACCUAUCCUAAAGCCUCGGACCGCGGCUGUCGAUAACAUCAAUGAUGACCCCCGAGGGCAAGGUGUUUCGGACAUUCUCACAACGAAACUCGCUCAUAGAAUCAAGUCGUCGCGAGAGAUGAAAGAACCGGCUUUCAAACUUCCACUCGAAUCGCCUUUAUCGAACGCUACACAAUUGGAUGUUGCCCUGAGGACAAAGAAUCCCCCGAAACUCGAGAGGAGCACAGCGAGGGGUAUAUCCAAGCCCAAAUCAUUACCUCUAAACCGAUCCUCCAAGAAGCGCUUUGCAAAUGAUGAAUCUGAUGAGGAUCGAGCUAUGAGAUUGGCACAGAGAAGGAAACGGAAACGGUCAAAACGAAUUAUCAUCGCAUCGCCAGCAUCCUACUGUUCUUCGAUCCCAGACGAGGAAGGAAUUCAGUCGAGAGAGAACGCGGACGCAAGGAAGGGCGCUCGAAAAAAGGAAAACCCGCCGAAGAUACCCGCCGGCCUUGCUCUCAUGCAUGGCUUUUCGGCAACGAAUGUGGGUAAAAACCGGCUGACGAUGGCACCGGGUGCUGGUCCUGGAGUAUUUAAUAAGGGGAAAGCCUCUCUUAGAAUCGGUGUUGUUAUCCGCAAAAUUUCUCCUAAAGAACUCAAGAACACCUUUUCAGAAAGCCGAUUUUUGAAUCACACCGGCGCCACAAAACCUGUUGUUCAAAAGUGCAAGCAUCCGUCACGGCUUCCUUCUAGUUAUAGCUCUCGUUCGUCUGAAGCAGGAUGUCUUCCAUCUACACCGGCUCCCAAAGGUAGAGCAAAAUUGCGACACGAUGGAGGUAAGAAAAAGCCUGUUCACAGGCAGGCAUCACUGGACCGUUUGGGCUCAGAAGACAAUACUACAUUCGAUGACCGACUAAUGAAUUCCAAGACAAAACCAGUGAUGCGCAGCACUCCAUGUUCCGAGGUCUGGGAUAUAGAGAUUGAAGGUCGGGGCCUGCCUUCCGAGUCUGGCGGCUCGAUAUCUUGCAGAACCAGCAAUAACGGAACCCAUGUCACGGAUUUUCCUCGUCGACGGCGGACGACACAAGGGCUUGCCGACGGUCUUGCAAUGGCUAAGUCCAACCAAAAUCCAAGGAACCCGUCCAGAGCUUUGUCUUGUCGGAGCCGUUCAACGGGAUCUAUCACGCGGCCUCGAAGCCAAACAGGAUCCGUCCGUGAAGGUGAUAGGCAACUUGAUUCGUCUCUUGGUCCUUCGGAGUCUGCCUCACAAGUUGCUCUACACACACUCGCAAGGUCUUCUCACUCCUUAUCCAAGUAUUUUACGACCACUGCACCAGACCCUCCCCCUUCUGCUCUCCAAAUUGACUCGAUCCCUGAAUGUUCCCCUAUACCUGGCGAUGACAACGACAACGACUCCAGCACAGAUGUUCAUUCUCUUCAUGAAGCCGCGUCGGUCAUUCCUGUCACGUUAUUGAACACAACUGUGACAAAAUUCCAGCCGCACUCAUGUUCAUCGACAUCUCUCAGAGCCCGUCAACCAAAGACCUGUUCGUCUCCCCAUUCUCUGGAACGGGCACUCCAAGAACUUGAAGCAGAUGACAUUCAUCCCGAUAUGAUUCGUAGCACAUCAGGCUUAUAUUCACCUUGGAAUAGAGACGGAUUUUACCAGGAAGCCGUACCUCGCGAUGAUCUUCAACUUUCCCUGGAGACUGACUUUUGUUCAGAAGCUCAUGAUGAUCUCAGACAACAGUCUCUGGAAGAUCUUCUGCAUCUGCCGUUGAUGCAUCAUCUGGGCGAUGUUGAAGAGCCGGACGCACUGGGUAACUUGGACUUGAACUUUGGCGGCAGCGACGACUACAGAAUGUACGAAGAGGGCUCUUACUGGGCGAACGCUUUGUUUGGCUUUGAUGCAGUGGAGAGCCAUAAAGAUUACAUGCAUGAUCAGGCAGUCUUGGAUUCGGGUUUCGAUACCUCCGAAGACCAGGAAAUCUUGGAUGACUCUCGGGACUAUUCCAUGUACGGUAAUUACGGCGAUAUUGCGCAGCCGUUUCUUGAUCAAAGUCUUCCAGCGGAAUUUUUGACUGGAGAAACGCGUAACGAAUCACAGUCCCUUUUGGAUGGCGUUGAUUAUGUCUCGGACGCGGAUGAAGUAGAGGCACUGACUCAGCCAUGGCUUUCUCAAGGCCGCGCACUUCUCUUGGGAUUCUCUGGGGAAAGCGCUGGUCCAUCGACACAACGACCGGGUCCAAAGCAUCAAAGCAUCCAUUUCGCGGAGGAAGACGUCGUGAGGAACUUGAAAGACCAUUGGUUACCCCAGAGACUGUGA